AUGUUGCCGAUGCAGUUGGUGGAGGGAAAAAGUUUCAUAGAACUUUUGAAUGUCCUAGACGCGCGAUACACAGUGCCAAGUAGAAAAUAUCUCAGCGGAACUGCUCUCACCACCCUCUAUGAUAAAACUCGUAAAGCUGUGAUGAGUGAAGUGCAAGAGGUGAAACACUUCGCAACAACAACCGAUUUAUGGUCUAACAGAACAUCGGAGCCAUACCUCUCUCUGACCGUGCAUUUCAUUGAUGAAUCGUGGAAACUUCGGAGCUACUGUUUGCAAACGUCCUAUUUCCCAGAUGCCCACACAGGAGAAAUCAUUGCCCUUGGUCUGAAAGAUGCCCUCGCAUCAUGGUCGCUGAGUGAACAGGACAUGGUCUGCAUGACCACCGACAGCGGUGCAAACGUCGUCAGUGCACUCAGAAUCAAUGACUGGAAAAGGCUACCUUGCUUUGGGCACCGGCUUCAUAUUGCAAUCGAGAGGAGAAUGCGUGAUGCAAGGAUAGACAGAGCCAUUGGUGUCUGCAAGAAGGUGGUUGCAGCCUUUUCCAAUAGCUGGAAUUUGAAAAAAGGACUGGCUGAUGCUCAAAAUCAGAUGAAGCUCCCAGAGCAUAAACUCAUCACAGAAUCACCAACAAGAUGGGGCUCAAGACAGCGCAUGAUAGAGAGGUUUGUUGUGCAAGAAAAGGCCAUUCGUCAUGUGCUAGGUGCUGACAAGAAGCGCAGGCAUCUCCUACCAACAUGGCAAGAUGUUGAUGUGCUAGGAUCAGUGAGCAAAGCACUUAGUCCCCUGCUGGAGUUUACAGAUGCCCUCUCAGGUGAGCAAGUAGUAACCAUCUCCUACCUGAAACCGGUACUGUCACUGUUUAACUCGGAGGUCCUGGCAGUGAAGUCUGAUGAUACAGAUCUCACAAAAAAAAAAAAAAAAUCAAGGAAACCAUUCUGGAUUACCUUAACACAAAGUACAGAGAUGACAAUGUGGAUGACCUUUUAAGUGUAGCAUCCAUGCUUGACCCGCAGUUUAAGAACUGCUACAAUGCCGAUGAUAAGAUGAUGAUGUCAACAAUUUCCUCUGAACUUAUGGCUAUGGCAACCCAAGAAGAGAGCGAUUCUCAAGGCCCUUCAACUUCCACAGCUCAAGAUGCCACUGCAGAGGGUGGAGCAGAGGGUGAUGAUGACACCUGUGAGCCAGCCAAAAAAACAAAGAAGUCUUUCGGCAGUUAUUUAAAAAAAAGUGAGAGGGGAGUCACAGGCUACUGGCAUAGAA